UCCAACGAAACCAUUGGAACUAAAGUAACUCAUCGCCAUUUUCGCUCCAAAGUCCAAAUGCAGUGGCACGCGAAUACCAAGCUUACCCAAAAACAGUCCUUGAACACCGCGUCCAUCCCUCUUCGGAUAUGCAUUCAAAAGCCACACUCAAAAUUGUCUCUUUGUAUAAUUCCCCACCUCCCAAGGCCAAAAAACAAAGAGCGGUGCCAUUCCUUCAUGGUGGACAAGUAACCCAUUGCAACCAUCUCCGUGGCAAGCUCGCCUUCAACCACGCAUCCACACUCAACACAACAACUAAAGAAUCAACUGCAUCAGUAGUAGCAGUAGGAUGGUCUGGUUAAGGAAAGCUACCGAGACAUGGACCAGCUCAAGGAGGAAGAGCAGCAGCAGCAACAACAAGAGCAGAACUUUCUGGAAGAAGAAACGAAACAACUCAAAGAGUAUGAUACCAUCCCUCCUACACCCCUCAUUGCACUAAACCAUGUCUCCAGGCUCUGCAAGUCGGUGCAGGCCUCCAUCGACUUCUACGUCAAAGUCCUCGGCUUCGUCCUCAUCCAUCGGCCCCCCACCUUCGACUUCGACGGCGCCUGGUCUCAGCUCACGUCUCUUCAACCAAACUUCCUUUCCAUUCCUCUCUUCAACCGUACAACUUUCUCUUCCUUCUGGGGUUGCAGGUUGUUCAACUACGGCGUCGGAAUCCACUUAAUCCAGAAGAAGGAUGGUGGCAGCCUUAUGGACGCUCGCCCCGACAAGCUCGACCCCUUGGACAACCACGUCUCCUUUCAGUGCGAGGACAUGGAGGUGAUGGAGAAGAGGCUGAAGGAGACGAACAUAAAGUAUCUGAAGAGGACUGUUGGUGGUGAGGAGGAAGAGGAGGAGGAGGCGUCACCCAUUGACCAACUCUUCUUCAAUGAUCCUGAUGGGUUUAUGAUUGAGAUCUGCAACUGCGAGAACCUGGAGCUUGUCCCCGCAGGAUCCCUCGGCCGGAUACGGCUGCCGCGCCACCACCACAAUCCACCACUUCACAUCAAUGGCUCUCAAAAUCAAACCCAGCGGCAGGACCAGGCAUAGAUGAUCAAAUAAAGAACGGCACUAGAAACCCAGUCAAAUGCAGCUAGGCUGUCUAGCUCUCAUGUCACCUUGGUUACAUCUACUUACGUAAAAUUUUUCAGAAGCAUCAUGACAUAUAAGAGGGACUGGCAAUGUGUUUUCCAUAAUUAGUAAUGGUGGUAGUGAAAUAAUAAAUAUCUUGUUCCGAUUGAAGGUA